AAUAUUUACCAAAACAAAUGAAUCUGAAACCCUCUCAAAAAUUUGCGGGAUACAUUUUCCAGUAAAAGAAAAUACUCAAUUCUAGAUUUAAAUUUCAAAUUCACGCUCCAACGGUCAUAUCUUCUAGGGUUUCUUCAACUUUUCUCUCGCUUAACCCUUCCAAUUCCUUCACCUAAUACAUGUAUAUAUAUCCCUACUUCUCCUUCCCACUUUCGACAAGAAGAAGAAAGAACCGGUCUUUCGCUACCAGAAAACACCUCGUUUCUUAUUCGUCAUUUUCCGAUCGGAAAUGGAUUUUCACAGCCUUGCAAGGAAAGAGCUCCAAGCUCUCUGCAAGAAGAACAAGAUCCCAGCUAACAUGACCAACGUCGCCAUGGCCGAUGCUCUCAAGGCUCUUGAGAAGGUGGAAGGACUUGAUGAACUCAACAGUGAACCAAGAUCAGAUCCUCAGGAAUCCCCGGCGAGAACUACUAAUGUGGAGCCUCGAACUGCAUGUAGAACUUCAACUCGGAGAAAGCCUAUUAAUGUUGAGCCUGAAAGCUCGCAAUCCAUGACUCGUAAUCGCCGUGCAACAAGAAGAACUGUUGCUGAAGAGACUGGACAAGAAAACAAAAAUGUGAAUCUACUGGAGACUCCAGCAAUGCCCACUACCCGGAGAAGGGUACAAGCUGCUUCAGCAACGCGAAAAAUGGAUGCCCAAUUGACGGAAAUCGGGGAUAAUGAGGAACAAGCAGGUCAAGAGAAUAGUGAUGUGCCAGUGACUCCAGCAAUGCGAACUUCCCGGAGGAAGGUUCCAGCGGUUUCAACUAGGCGGAAAACUGAGGCUCAGAAGGAUGAGAAAUCGGUUCAGAGAGUAUAUGGUACGAGGCAGUCAGUGAGGUUGUUGGAGAAAAGCAUAGAAGAUUUGAGCCUGAAGGAAAAAAAGAGAGUUGAAGCUGUGAAGAUUGAGGGAUUGUGCGAGGAAACUGAACAGAAGAAUGAUGUGCCUGGUGAAUUUCUUUCAUGGCAAAACAUAGAUGAAUCACUAGAGAAUGAAAAUGAAAUGCAGCAUGGAGUUCAAGAAGACAGCAAGACUAAUGACCAUGAAAUAGAUAACAAAGUAGUUUCUUUUCAAAAUUUAGAUCAGCUUCUAGAGAAUGUAAGUGAAAUAAAGGAUAAACUUCAUGAGCACCAGAAUAAUGCUGAGGUUGAAGUGCAGUCAGAUGUUCCUUGCCAGAAUAUAGAUCAGUUGCACAAGAAUGAAAGUGAAACAAAACUUCAACAUCAAGAGGAUAAAAAGGGAAAUGAUCAUGAAGUGGUUGAUUAUGAUGCGGAAAUAGGUUCUCAGUCUUGCACUAAUUUGGAUAAUGAUUCAGGAUUAGACGAAGAUGAUGAAGAAAAUAGUGAUAGUUCAGAUGAAUCAUCUUUUCAGCAAGUGGAAACCUCAGGGGAUGUGGUAGAUAUGAACUGUGAAGCAAUGGAAGAGAAAGGUUCAGAUAUUGUGAUUACGGACAACUCUGAGACUUUAAAUGCUGCUUUGAAGCCAGAAAUUGAAAAAGAACUAAAUGGCAGUCAAGAUUCUUUGAUUGUAGAAAUGUCUGAUGACGAUUCUGUUAUUGUCAUGGAAACAAUCGUUAAUUUUCCAGAUGAAGCUUCAUCUGAGGUCAUGGAUUCAUUGACCCUUGAGGUGUCUGGAUCUGAGGGCAAAAGCUAUGAAAAGAAUUCGAUGGAGGAUGAACAGCAUGGCAGUCAUCUGCAUUUAGAUGCUGCUAUUGAAGAAGAAUGUGAGGAUGAUGCCAUUGAGGAAUUGCCUGAAGGCAAUGGGUCAGAUGAAGUUCAAGAAAAUGUCAAUGCAGAUAAAAUCCAACACAAGCUUCUUGAGAAGUCAGAUAGCAUAAAGGAGGAACCCGAAAGCCCCAGGUUUAUUCUCCAGCAUGAAAGCUAUGAAAUGAAUUCAGUGGAGGAUGAACGGUAUGGCAGUGAUGAUCUGCAUCUAGAUGCUGCUAUUGGAGAAGAAUGUGAUGAUAAUGCCAUUAAGGAAUUACCUGAAGGCAAUGGAUCAGAUGAAGUUCAAGAAAAUGUCAAUGCAGAUAAAAUCCAACACAAGCUUCUUGAGAAGUCAGAUAGCAUAAAGGAGGAACCCGAAAGCCCCAGGUUUAUUCUCCAGCAUGAAAGCUAUGAAAUGAAUUCAGUGGAGGAUGAACGGCAUGGCAGUGAUGAUCUGCAUCUAGAUGCUGCUAUUGGAGAAGAAUGUGAUGAUAAUGCCAUUAAGGAAUUACCUGAAGGCAAUGGAUCAGAUGAAGUUCAAGAAAAUGUCAAUGCAGAUAAAAUCCAACACAAGCUUCUUGAGAAGUCAGAUAGCAUAAAGGAGGAACCCGAAAGCCCCAGGUUUAUUCUCCAGCAUGAAAGCUAUGAAAUGAAUUCAGUGGAGGAUGAACGGCAUGGCAAUGAUGAUGCUGCUAUUGGAGAAGAAUGUGAUGAUAAUGCCAUUAAGGAAUUACCUGAAGGCAAUGAAUCAGAUGAAGUUCAAGAAAAUGGCAAUGCAGAUAAAAUCCAAGACAAGCUUCUUGAGAAAUGCGAGGAACUACCUGAUAGCAUAAAGGAGGAACUCGAAAGCCCCAGGUUCAUUCUCCAGCAUGAAAAGUGCGAGAAAGCUUCAGAUGACUUAGCAAACGAGUACAAUAAUGUCGGGGUUAAUGUAAUGGAAGCUAAGGAAUCUGAUAUGAUAAUCCAUGACCAGAAAAGCUCUUUCUGUUGUCCUCUGGUUUCAGACAGUGAAGUUGCAAUUGAAAUUCCUUUGGGUGACGACCAUGUAGUUCCAGUAGAAGCUGCUUACGCAUGCAUUCAAACAUUAAACAAGUCACCAACUUCCUUGAAGCAAAUGAGUCCCUAUCAAACUGUCGUCUCAGGAGAUCAAGUCACAGGUGGUACGGUGAGUACGGUGAUUUCCUCGCCAUUUGCAGCCAACACAAUUCAGGGUCAGUUCCCUCGGCCAAAUGAGUCAACAGCAAGGAAAUCUUCAACCAAGAAACAAGCAACGAUUCAGAAGAUCAUCAAUGCAGACAUUAACAAGGAGAACGUUGAAAACAGUGGCAGAAAAGUAGAACCUAAGAAAGAUAAGAUCAAAAAGAAGGAAGCUGAGGAAGAGAAACAAUACGAGGACAUAAGCCUAAGGCAGCUAACCAAGAUGGUGAAAGAAAAACUGCAGAUUGCAAAUAAGAACAAUGAUGGAAGAAAUAUUUCAAAGGUGGGAACUAGACCAGCUUUGCAGGUGCUGACAGAGAAUUGUAAAGCUGCUGGUGAACCAGAAAACAAGAACUGAAAUGGCUUUAUCACGAAAUUGCAGAAAUUUUGAGACCCAACAAUGGGGUAGACUGAUAUAUGAUAUAGAGCAUGAAUAACCACCUCUGGUGGGAAUUUAAAGCUGUUUUUUUUUUUUUUUUUGGCGUUUCUGCCUCCUUCGCCUAUAUGAAAAUUUUGAGGAGACCCAACAAGGUUUUAGUCGU